AUGGAACACAUAAACAAAAUUACCACCAUUAUCAUCAUCACCAUCUUGCUCACGGUUCUUCGUUUUUCCAUCCCGGUUCACUCUCGCGAGCUGGCCGGCUCACCGUCACCUUCUCCUUCUCCGGGAAGUCCGGGGAUGAUUGAUGGAAUUAGAAGGCCUGGAUCAUUUCCGGCUUCCUGUCAUGCAAAGUGCAAGCAGUGUGAGCCAUGUAUGCUGAUCGGAAUACCGAUUCGAGCGGUGGAGUCAGAAGAGAACGAGUACUACCCUCAAGUUUGGCAAUGCAUGUGCCAAGAAAAUAUAUACCCGCCGUAA